GCAGAAUAAAUACACGAGUCAUUACCUAUUAUUUCCAAAAAAAAAAUUCACGCUAAGAGACCAUUUACACGGCGGUCAUGGAGGGUCAGUUGGGUAAUUUUGUUCAUCCACCAAAUUCAUCACGAUGGAGGCCUCCCGGCAAUGAGGUAUCUGACCGCGAGUUCAUGUAUGUUCUCGAUGAGAAAGUAAACAACGGUCGUGUCGAUCCGCCAUUUAGUUACAUGGUCACAGAGACCGACAUCCUCGCAGGCGAACCGUGGCAACUCCCAGUAACGACAGAUGAUUUGCGCUGGUAUUUUUCGAAAAGGAAAACGAAAACAGAAAGAACAGAGAGAAUCGACAGGACUAUAGCACAAUCGGAUGGAAACUCUCGAUGGCAUCAGUACGGGAAUGUAGAAGAAAUUAAGGAUUAUGAUGACAAUAAGUGGGGAGAGAAGAGGCCGUUCAAACAUAGAAUAAAUAACAACAACACAGGAUGGCACAUGAGAGAAUAUAUCUUGGACCGAAGCCGUGUUGCACCUGGCAGUGAUAAUCAUAUUGUUUUUUGUAGAAUAUUCUACAAGGAAGAGCAGUGACUGCCGGGGAAGUAACCUACAUUCUCUCCAGGGCUUAUGAUCCAUAAACUGAAUAAAGUAACCUACAUUUUCUGCAUGUCCUCAAUUCAGAAUGGCAGAGACUUUCCUUCAUCAGUGCGUUGUAUACACAAUACCCUGCCAUGUUUCCUACAGGAUAUGCAAUAUCACGAACCUCAUUUUCUUAAUAAAAUUUUCCUUAUUUGAUAUAUCUGCUGCUUUUAGCAUUUGUUGUAGUUCAAAUGAAAGGCACUUGAAACACAAUGGAAAAAGUCAAGAUGAAGGAAAUGAAGGAAAUAAGAGUAU